CUCCUCCUCCUCUCUCUCUCUCUCUCUCUCUCUCUCUCUCUCCUUCCCCUAUCUUGCCUCUGUCCCUCCUUGAAUUGAUUCCUCCCCAGUCUCUUCUUCCCUCAUCUACAUCGGCAACGAGGAGGAGGAGGAGUGAAGCCAACCAUGGGUUGUCCUCCCACUCCCCUUCCCCUUUCUCUUGAAUGCACACUCCGACCUUUCCUGUUCUCGUCCUCACCCCACCGCCCCUCACCUUCUUCGACAGCCUUCUUCUCCAAUACCACCACCCUCUCCCUGCACAAGUCCCGUGCUUUGCCCCUCCUCAAACUCCUCCGCCGCUUCUCCUCCCCUUCGGCGCCCCAACCCGUCACCCCCUCCCCUCUCGACUCGUCCCCGUGGCCCGGAGCCUUCCUCGUCCCCGACGGCCUCCAGGUCCUCCGGGACUUCUGCGUCACGGUGGAGCUCGACCACGGCGGCGGCGGGGGGAGCGGUGGGUUCCUGGAGAUCCGCCCCAUGUUGGCCGAGGAGCUGGACGCCACGGCGCAGCUCCUCGCGGAGUCCUUCGCCGAGUCUAUGUUCGUGCCCGCCCGCUACGUCCCCCUCCUCGCCUUCCUCGUGAAGCAGUACGUCGCGGAGCGGCGAUGCCUGGAACCGCACGUGACGGUGCUUGUCGGGUUCUACAGGGAGAGGGGCACCGAGGGGGCUGCUCAGCUGGCGUGCACCGCUGAGAUCUCGCUCGACGCUCGCGGAGCCAAUGCCGCCCCGCCCACGCCGGUCCCUCCCCGGGAAUGCCCUUACAUCUGCAACAUGGCUGUCAGAAAGGCGCUUCGAAGGAGAAGAAUUGGUUGGCAUCUCCUGAGGGCAUGUGAGGAGCUCAUGACUCAAAUGAAGACCGAAAGAAAUGUAUACCUCCACUGCAGGGUGAUCGAUAAGGUUCCAUUUGACAUGUACCAGAAAGCUGGUUACAAGGUUGUCAAAACGGAUGGCUUCUUGGUUUGGUUGACGCUUCAACGUCGCAAGUACUUGAUGUCCAAAGAACUGCCCCAUGAAAUUGGAUGACACUACAUCUGAUACAUCUCAAAGUGAUGAUCAUCAGAUCUGAUACUCUUACAUGUGAUACUGCUGUAUAGGGAAAUCUAUCUUGAGGUUUUAUGUACCAAAUAAUUAUUUUGUUGGUGAGCAGCUUAAUGCAAAGUGUCACGAGGAGUAUCAUCAUUGAA